AUGGAGGCCUUCAACUUCGCGACGUCUCUUGACUUGACCGAGCUAUCCGUCCAUGUACGAAUUGAUCGUCUGGAUGGAAACCAGAAGCCGGUUCCCUACUCGGUGCUGUUGAAGCGACCCGACCUUAGACAUCGCGCUUCCAUAAUCAACCCGUAUUUCGAGCUAUACGUCACGGCACAAGUGUGGGCCGACAGCAAGCCCCUUACUGUCCCCGUCCAGACUGCCUACAAGUCAUUCAAGAACGCGCGCAUAUGGAAUGAGUGGCUACAACUGCCCGUUACGUACGCAAACCUCCCCGCAUCUGCCCAGCUAGCCAUCACCUUAUGGGAUCUAUCGCCCGCCGAAGACAAACAGUCUAACCUCCAUGCCGUUCCUUUCGGUGGCACAACGAUACCGCUGUUCGACAGCGACAACACGCUGCAUAAGGGUAGGCAACGCUGUCGUAUACACCGCUACAAGGCAGCCGAUGGCCUGACCAACACCUCAACACCUUGGGUAAUACAGCCCGCGCGGAAACCCAGGAAUGCCGAGGUAGUCGAGGACACAGUCGAUGAGCAAAUUGCUGAGAUGGACCGGCUGGAAGGGCUGCUCAAGAAGCAGGAAAUGGGAGACCUUCCGACAAACAACUGGCUUGACGGGUUGGUCUACAAAAAGAUGAUGCAAAUACGAAAGGACGCCCUGACGGCUGAGGCCGCAGCUCUCAGCCGACAAAGCAAGGUGAAUGGCACCAGCGACAUCGCUGCACAGGCCGAAGAACAUGAGCUCUUCUAUCUCGAUAUCGAAUUUCCCCGCUUCGACCACGCCAUUGUCUUCACCGACGUUGAAUACCCGCCACCUCCUGUCUCCGAUUUGCGAUUGCCAACCGAAGCUGACGUUAGGCUGCGCCCGCCACCAGAAGUCGCUUUUGGGCCCGGGAUAGACAUUGAUGGGGUAGGGUACGGCGAUGCAGACGCAGAACGGCUCAUCAAGAUUUAUGAUCCCGAGGUUGGGCGAAGAGUCAAUCCCGCCGAAGACAAACACCGCGAGUUGAUGCGUAGCCAGCAGACCGAUUCGUUGGACCGCGAUCGAAAACCAAACGUGCACGCCCGUGACAAACUGAACAUGGUCUUGUCCAAGGGUCCCCUUGAUGAAAUCACGUCGCACGAGCGAGACGACAUCUGGAGAUUCAGGUAUUUCUUACUCCGCGACAAGCGUGCCUUGACAAAAUUCGUCAAGUGCAUCAAUUGGAAGAAUCCACGAGAAGUUCGGCAAGCAGCACCACUGCUGGAAAAGUGGGCCGAGAUUGAUGUUGAUGACGCUCUUGAAUUACUCGGACCUCACUUCGACCACCCCAUUGUUCGAAGUUAUGCCGUCGAGCGUUUGAAGAAAGCCGAUGAUGAAGAACUCCAGUUGUAUCUCUUGCAGUUGGUACAAGCUCUUAAGUAUGAGGCACCAGGCGAGGCAGACGAUUCGUCACUUGCACGUUUCCUUGUCACUCGUGCUGCAAACAGCUUCACUUUGGGCAACUUCUUGCAUUGGUAUCUCAUGGUUGAGAUUAGCGACCUUAGUGCUGACCAAGCCCCCGAACAUCGUGAUCUGUUCGCAAAAGUAGAAUACGACUUUAUGGUUGAGCUUGAAAAAACGCCGGAAGGCAUCAGUAUACGCAAGACCUUCCAACGCCAAGGCGAGCUACUCACCAUCCUGGCCAAAAUAUCAAAAGAUGUGCGCUUUGGCGGUGGUGAUCGGCCUACGAAGAUUGCGCGUCUCAAGAAAGCAAUCGCAGACCCCAAAAACGAGCUUACAAGUUUUGACCCGUUACCUCUACCUCUCGAUCCGUCAAUCCUAAUUACCGGAAUAUCAACCGAGGAUUGCAAUGUCCUGAAGUCGUCAUUACUUCCCAUGGUGCUAUCAUUCAAGACUACGACCGGGACACCCUACCCCAUCAUCUUCAAAACUGGUGACGACCUCCGCCAAGAUCAACUCGUCAUCCAAAUCAUCACUCUUAUGGAUCGAUUGCUCCGCAAGGAAAAUCUCGACCUGAAACUCACUCCGUAUCGCAUCCUUGCAACUUCGUCGUCAGCUGGAGCAUUCCAGUUUGUGCCAAGCAUGUCGAUCGCUGCGGCAUGGCAAAAGUACAGAGGCAGUCUCCUCGCCUACCUGCGCGCCAACAACCCCGAUGAUAAUGCUCCGUUAGGUGUAAGAAAAGAAGCAAUGGAUACGUAUAUCAAAUCCUGUGCCGGGUAUUGCGUGAUCACCUAUAUUCUCGGGGUUGGCGAUCGCCAUCUAGACAACCUGCUGCUCGCACCUUCGGGCGCGUUUUUCCAUGUCGACUUUGGUUAUAUUCUAGGUCGCGAUCCAAAGCCAUUUGCCCCAGCCAUGAAGCUCUCUCAUGAAAUGAUUGAAGGAAUGGGCGGAGUCCAGCAUCCCAACUACUCUGCCUUCAAGCAAUACUCGUAUACUGCAUGGUCUACUUUGCGCAAAUCUUCGAACCUGAUACUCAAUCUCUUUGCUCUUAUGCAAGGGGCCAACAUUCCCGAUAUCAAGGUUGAGAGGGAAGGCAGCGUCAAGAAGGUGCAAGAGCGCUUGGGUCUUGAGAGGGGUACUGAUGGAAUUCAGGGAGAGGAUGAGGCUGCGAUGAGAUGGGAAAGAUUGAUUGAAGAGUCACUGGGUGAUUGGAAGGCCGGAGUAAUUGAUUGGGCCCAUGACUUUGUUCAGGGUUGGCGGAAGUAG